GGUGAAGAGUUGGAAUGGAAUAGGUUGGGGACAGGCAGUUAAAGGAUCAACUGUAUAUUAUUGACAAUAUUGCAGUGUUAGAUUCCUGCGACGUGCCCCAGAAUGACUCUGAGCUUCUUCCCAGGGUAGUGCAUGAAACACAGCCUGAUCAGAGGGCGAGGCUACGUCUGCGCGUUGAGGAUGCACGAUGACAGGGAUUCCACAGCAAACAGCUUCAUGGUGCAGAUAAGAAACCGGGGAUACAGCCGGCAGCCGCCAACACCAUCGAUGUAGGCAUAGAGGAGGUGGAGCGUCGCAAGAUGAGCUGCAGCCUUUAGGAAGUGAUUCUCUCCCUCCUUACUUUUUGCAGCAGCAGUUUUUUGCACAUACACACUGCACAAGGCGAGAGUGAUGGUGGUUAUUUCAGAAGAGAAGGGAAGCGAACAGUCGGAUGAUACAAUGUCAGGCUCCGAUUCAGUAGACGGUGUUAGGAAGCCAGCUGCCAACCGACCUACGAAUACCCUGACCGUGCAAGAGGUGAGGACGAUGCUGCAUUGUAGAAGCUGCGGUUCUGGUGGUUGUUGCGUUGACUGCACUGACCUGCAUUCUUUCAGUGCUGAGGGUUUAUCAGCGAAUGGAUAUCUCUCUAAUUAUCCACAUUCGUCCAGAGUGGAUCAGGCUCUAUUUGGAGAAGACGUUUCACACAAAUACAAGGUAAAUAAGGAGAUAUUUAUAACUAAUGUAUAUAUGGAAUUUCAGAAAGCAAUUGAAAAGAUUCUGCAAAUGACUGUUAGUAAAAAUGAGUGUAUCAGACCAGAAGCCAGCUCUUUCAGUGGAUCGGGAAUUGGCUAUGGUUUCCCUGAGGUUGUUCCACUGAACGUAGGAGGCAUGUAUUUCACGACAAGACUAUCCACUUUGAGGCGUUAUGAAGAUACUAUGCUGGCAGCAAUGUUCAGUGGCCGGCAUCAUAUUCCUACUGAUUCAGAGGGACGUUUCUUUAUUGACAGAGAUGGGACCUACUUUGGAGACAUUUUGAAUUUUUUACGAAAUGAUGACCUGCCGCCUCGUGAGCGAGUGAGAACAGUUUACAAAGAAGCACAAUAUUACUCUAUUGGACCACUUCUUGAAUGUCUGGAUGAACUACAGCCUUUGGCCAGUGAAAAAGUGAGAAAGGCAUUUUUGGACUUGCUGCCUUAUUACAAAGAGAAUUUGGAAAGAAUAAUUGAUAUUGCAAAACAAAGAGCAAUUCAACGAAAGGCAAGAUUUGCAAAGUUGAAGAUUUGUGUUUACAAAGAGGAGAUGCCAGUUACACCAUACGAACGCCCUCUGUACAACUCACUACGCUUUGAUAGAAGUGAGAAUGAGACAAAACUCUUUGAACAUCACUGUGAAGUUGAUGUAUCAUUUGGCCCUUGGGAAGCCAUUGCUGAUGUAUACGACCUUCUUCACUGCAUCGUGACAGACUUAGCAGACAGAGGAAUUACAGUAGAUCACCAAUGUAUAGGUGUUUGUGAUAAGCAUCUGAUAAACUGUUACUACUGCAAACGCCCAAUUUAUGAAUUCAAGAUUACCUGGUGGUAA